AUGCUGCAAUCUCUCGUCAACGAAGAUGUCCUCGUGCGCCUGAAAUGGGGACAUACAGAAUACAAGGGCCAGCUCGUCAGCGUCGAUUCCUAUAUGAAUAUCCAAUUGUCCAACACGGAGGAAUUUAUCGAAGGCAAGAGCACAGGUAGUUUGGGACAGGUUUUGAUACGGUGUAAUAAUGUCCUUUGGAUAUCGGCAGCGAAAGGCGUGGAGAUGAACGACGUACAGAUGGCUGAUGGAUAA